AUGAAUUUCUAUUCCUUUAUUUUGUUGGCAGUAGAGGCAGAGGUAAAACUAGAGUAGAUUAGGAUGUCAUUAGCAAGUAUAGAUAGUUUUGAAUCACACACGACUUACAAAAGAUUAGAUUAGCCUAGAACUGGAGGACUAAAACCUGAGAAUAUUUUUGAAUUUUUAUGCGAUAAUGAUAUUGAAGUAACUCAAGAUCAACUUGAUUACAUAUUCAGAGUUUUAGAUGAAGAUUCUGAUGGCUUUAUAACUUCUGAGGACUUUAAGAGUGCCAUAUUGCCUAAGAUGAAUGCUGAAUUGAAAGAACAGGCCUUAAAUCAUAAAGGCUAUGAUCUUCCUGUUGAUAUGCUAUUACCAUAAGAAAUUGAGACAUAAUUAUCAUUAUUCAUGAAUUAGAUAAAAUAAAAUUAUUUGUAAAUGAUAAAAUUAUAUCGUAGACUAUAUUAGGAAAUACAAUAAAAAAUUGAUUUGAAUUAAUUGGAUAUUUAUGAUAAUAGUUAAUAAAUUACAGUAGAUUCUUUGAAGAAAUGGUUAUAAUAGUUGGGAUCUGACAUUAGCGAAGAAGUUCUAUAGAAUUUUGUUCAUAUUAUAUAAGGAUAGCAGUAAUCGCUAUAAAUUCUAUUAGAUAAAAUUUACACAGACAACGAAGAGGAUUAAGAUUAAGAUGAGUAAGAAGAAGAAGAAGAAGAAGCAAAUGAUAACGAAAAUGAAGAAGAAAAAGAAAAAGAAGAAGAGAAUUAUAAUUAAGAAAAAUAAUAAGAAGAUAUAGAAUAAAUCUAACAAAAAGAAGAAUUAGAGUAAGCUUAAUAAAACGAUGUAAAGGAUGAUUAAGAUGUAAAGGAUAGUUUGCAAAAUAAUCGAUAAGAUGUCUAAUCUUAAGAGUUAAGUCAUAAUAAUAUGGAUUAUUAACAUUCAUAUAAUUACUCAUGGAAUGAUAUUGAAUUUGAAAUUUCAUAUUUAAAGAAAAAAAUUUCUUUAUUAGAAAGACAAUUAUGGAUAGUACCAUAACCAACUUUUAGAUUUAAUGCAGGAUAACGUUAUGAGUACUAAAAUAGGGAUCUAUUAUACUAUUCAAGAAAGAGUUACUUAAGAAAAUUUGAUGAAUCCCCUUCAUAUUAUAGCGAUGAUAACUUCAGAUUGAAAUUAUGGCUAGAUUAAGAAAUAAAAAAUGAAGAAUUAAAACAACAAAUGUUAUUAAUUUAGUUGAAAAAUUAUGUAAAAGUAAGUAGUUCUGGUCUUUUUACAGAUAUAUAUUAGAGUCGAAUAUAUCAAAGUCCUCUCCGUUAAUCACUAUCUUAUUUAGAUUAUUCUGGACAGAAAUAAAGUGGCAGUUACUAAAAAGCAUAGCAAACACAUUUUUAGAGAUCAUUAAAUUUUAGCAAUAGAAAAUUUUGA